AUGACGGCAGAGCUGGAAGAGUUAUGGAAGAAACUCUCUUUUACGGAAGAGGAAGAUGAGAGUAUUUCUCUGGGGAGCAAUAGCACAGAAGCAGCAAAGGAAAUAGGUAAGAAAUGCCUCGUGAUGAAGGUGCUGGCACACAGAAGUAUAUCGCUGGAAGCACUUCGGAAAAACUUGAGGAUGAUAUGGAAGCCCAACAAAGGAGUGCAGAUAACGGAGAUUGACGAUGAGCUAUACUUAGUCGAGUUUGGAGAUGGACGGGACAAGAAGAAAAUUAUGGAUAUGAGCCCCUGGAGCUAUGAGAAACAACUAGUUCUGUUAAAGGAGUUUGAAGGUGAACAAGUUCCAAAGGAUAUAUCUAUCAAGCAGUCGCCGUUUUGGAUUCAGAUUCAUAACCUCCCAUUGAUGAGCAGAACCUGUGAGACGGGCUGGGCUAUAGGGUCCACGCUAGGAGAGGUGAUGUCCGUUGAUGCAGCUGAAUCUGGGGUUCAAUGGGGAAAGUAUCUCCGGAUUAGAGUGAAGAUCGAUGUUACAAAGAAGUUAGUCAGAGGAAAGAAAGUUAAGAUUGAAGGGGGCGAGCAAAGAUGGAUUAGUUUCAGGUAUGAAAGGCUUCCAAAUUUCUGCUACAGAUGUGGAAUGCUGAACCACGACCUCAGGGACUGUGCGGAAGCAGUGGAGAAAGAAAACCAAAAGGAGCAAACAAACCUUCAAUAUGGACCGUGGUUAAGAGGUGAGACAAUUCAAAGGGUCGGAGGUGAGGCACCUAGAGGAGGUCAGAGUUUUGGGCUGAGUAUGGGAGACAAACAAGGAGGAAAUGUGGGAAAAAUCUCGGGGAAGCCAUCUCACGCGCCACCUGUGGCAUUGGGGGUGGAAGUUGCAGAGGGGUCAGCGAUGAACGACCUAGGAAACAGGGAGAAAGAGGAUGGGACAAAAGGGCAUGAUACUAGAGAUCAAGCUCCAGGAUGUAUUCAUGAAAAUGGUAUGGGCAGUAGUUUCGGGUUGAACAAGGAAAGCAGUAUUCUUUUACAGGAAAAGGAAAGUUUGACCAAACCCACAAUCCAAAAUGAAGAUGUGAGUGAUCAGAGGGGGGAGAAAGGGACUCAACAGAAGCAAGAGCCUCAUUUUGACUUCCUUUUGGCGCCAAGUUUGAAAGGCCUAAGUGGGGUUGAAAACCCAAUUAAAAAUGAGAAAGAAACAGGCCCAAUGGCCAUAUGUUUUAAUGAGGAGACGGGCUGGGUGGCAGAGACGUUGGGCCCGAAGAGUGGGCACUGGAAAAGACUCGCGAGGAAGGCCCAUUGUAAUGAUGAGAGCAUGGGCCUUGACUUACUGGGGAGCAAAAGGCCUGGUCCGGUUCCCAUUAUGAAACUUGAACAAGACUUAGUUGUGCAGAAACGAAAGAAAACAGCGAGCAAAGGACAAAACACUCAGGAAAAGGAAAAUGAUAGGGAUGGCGAAGAGGCGGCGACUGCGAUGCAGGGCCGCCGAGCCACAUGA